AUGACUAUGCUCAGCUACAUUCGACCAGCCGCCGGUAAAGAUCUCGUCGCGGCUACUAACGACGACGAUGAUUCAUGGGAGGUGAGAGCCUUCGCGGAGGACACCAGUAACAUCAUGGGAACCACCUGGCCGCCUCGGUUCUACGCCUGCAGCUUCUGCAGGCGUCAGUUCCGGUCAGCACAGGCACUCGGCGGCCACAUGAACGUUCACCGUCGUGACCGUGCUAGAGCUCAGAUGCAGGCACGACCAGCUGCUCAGCAUCCAAUUAUAUUUGCGGAGGCGGCAGCGGGUGGUGGUGGCGGCGGAUUUUGCUUCGUCUACCCGGUGGUGGCUGGGCCUGCAGGUCAGACCCGGCCAUCAACCAAGGACUCUUCUUCUUCCACCUUCUUCUCCUUGUCAUCAUCAUCAUCUUAUAAUAAUGUUGGGACGAUUAGUUUUGGUGCUUCUGCUUCUGCUUCUGAUUUCUCGUUGAUCAGAACGACCAGCAGUGAUGAUCAUAGCAAAGAUGAGAACGACGAGGAGGAAUUGACCAUUGAAGAGGUGGAUUUGGAGCUUCGGCUUGGUUGCUGA